AUGUUGUGUAGACAAUUGAAUGUUAUCCAUCGAGCAUCUCGUCCAUCUCGCCCUGAUAAAGCGCGUAGAUUGGGCUAUAAGGCUAAACAAGGAUACGUUAUCUACCGUAUUCGUGUAAGACGUGGUGGCCGAAAGAAACCUGUACCAAAAGGUGCCACAUACGGUAAACCCGUCAAUCAAGGUGUCAACCAACUCAAGUACCAACGUGCGCUCAAGACUACUGCAGAAGAACGAGUUGGACGUAAAUGCACCAACUUGCGUGUGUUGAAUUCGUAUUGGGUAAAUCAGGACUCUACAUACAAAUACUACGAAGUAAUCCUCGUCGACCCGAAUCACAAAGUUAUUCGUCGGGACCCACGUAUCAACUGGAUUGCCACCAACAAACAUAAACAUCGUGAAGCACGUGGUCUUACGAGUAUUGGCAGGAAGAGUCGUGGGAUUGGCAAAGGACAUCUAUAUAAUAAGACAAAGGGUGGUGGUCGAUAUGCUAGCUGGCGUCGUCGGAACACGCUCUCACUUCGUCGAUAUCGUUAG